AUGGCACCGCCGGACGAGCAACCGACCGCGGUCACAGUCAGCCUACAGGAAUUGAAAAAUGGAUCCGUCUCGCUUGAGACACUGGAGCAGGCCUUCGGACCAAAUUCUCUGGGCAUCAUCAUCGUCAGAAAUCUCCCGGAUGAAUUCGCUAGCCUGCGAAGAAGAUUGCUGAGUUUGGCGAGUUAUCUGGCUGCUUUGCCCGAGGAGGAAUUACGUGAGUUCCAGCCAGCUACGGAGAUGCAGAAGGACCGAACUGACUGGCUUUUGCAGGGAGAGUCGAACGCCCGGACGCAAGAUAUAACAUCGGCUGGUCUUGCGGCAAGGAAAAGCUUUCGAAUGGUCAGUUUGAUACGUUCAAAGGCAGUUAUUAUGUCAAUCCGGUGCACGAUUCGGACCUGGAGCGGAAAGCGAGGGAGUUGUAUCCGGAUUUGAAAGAUAUGACGGCGGAGAAUGCUUGGCCUGAUGAGAGUGUGCUGCCGGGAUUUCGGGAUACCUUUCUGCAAAUGUGUAGCUUGAUUGUGGAUGUCGCUGCUCUGGUGGCGAAGAAUUGUGAUCGGUAUGGCGUGGCGAAGUUGGAGGGGUAUCAAGAUGGGACUCUGGAGAAGAUUGUGAAAGAGAGUAUCAGCACGAAGGCUAGGCUUCUCCACUACUUUCCUCCGCCGGCGGAAAAGGAUGAGAAGGACGGUAGACCGGAUUCUGCGAAGGAGAUGGAAGACGGUUGGUGUGGGACGCAUCAAGAUCUGGGUGCCCUGACGGGCCUCACGUCCAACAUGUUUGUGGACGAAUCUCUCCAUCCUCCUCAUCGGCGACCCGAUGGCUCUCUUCCGGAUCUGCCAGAGACGGAUUCUCAUCCGGACCCGAAAGCUGGUCUGUGGAUCAAAGAUCGCGCUGGCAGGACGACGCAAGUUCACAUUCCGAGAGAUUGCCUGGCCUUCCAGACUGGCGAGGCACUAGAGUCGAUUACUCGCGGGGCUUUUAAAGCCGUGCCUCACUUUGUGCGAGGUGCAAAGGGAGGCAAGGCCGGGGAUAUUGCCCGGAACACGCUCGCGGUGUUUACGCAACCUAAUCUCUGGGAGACUGUGGAGGAGAGCACGGGCAAGGAUUUUGCAGGUUUGGCGAGAGAGGUGUUUGGGAGAACCUAUUGA